CUAUGGUUUUUUGUGUCAAUUUUGCUGUGGUGGGGUCUCUAAAAUUAAAUUCGCGUAGACUGCCCAGAGUCCGCGAAUUUUACUUAUCAGUAUUGUUAUCGAGCCGGGCGUGACUACAUUCGUGAAUAAUCAUUCAAAUUCAUCAGGGUUUUAGAUUGAACCUGUAUCAUGGCUCAAACAUUAUCCUUUGGUGACUCAUGUGCCCCAAUAACUUGUCACGCUUGGAAUAAGGAUAGAACUCAAAUAGCAUUCUCACCUAACAACAAUGAAGUCCAUAUCUAUCAAAAAGAAGGAAGUGAGUGGAAACAAACCAACAACCUGGUCGAACAUGAUCUCCGUGUCAUGGGCAUUGAUUGGGCUCCGAACACCAACCGCAUCGUCACCUGCGCCGUCGACCGCAACGCGUACGUCUGGACCCAAGGAGAGGACGGCAAGUGGACCACCACUCUGGUACUGUUGCGCAUAAACCGUGCUGCCACGUGCGUGAAAUGGUCCCCCAUGGAAAACAAGUUUGCUGUCGGCUCCGGAGCCAGACUAAUCUCAAUUUGCUACUUUGAGAAAGAAAAUAAUUGGUGGGUUUCAAAACACAUCAAAAAGCCAAUUCGGUCCACUGUAACCACAUUGGACUGGCACCCUAACAAUAUGCUGUUGGUUGCUGGCUCUGCUGACUUCAAAGUGAGGGUUUUCUCAGCUUACAUCAAGGAUAUUGAAGAUCAACCUGGACCGAAUGUUUGGGGUUCCAAGCUUCCCCUUGGCCAAUUGUUGGCCGAGUUUCCCAAUACUCCAUCUGGUGGAGGCUGGGUGCACAGCGUUUCAUUCUCUGAGGAUGGCAACAAAGUUGCAUGGGUGGGACAUGACAGCUCCAUCAAUGUAGCCGAUGCUACCCAAGGGAAAGCUGUCAUUAAACUGAAGACUGAAUAUCUGCCAUUUUUGGGGUGCAAUUGGAUUACCAAUAACUCCUUAGUUGUGGCGGGACAUAGCUGCAUUCCAUUACUGUAUUGUCUGGAAGGCAAUGAGUUGAAGUUUGUUGCUAAAUUGGAUAAUACUCAGCGGAAGGAGUCUGGUGGACUGUCUGCUAUGAAAAAGUUCCAGUCUCUGGAUCGCCAAGCCCGCAUUGAGACCAAUGAUACUCUGCUGGACUCUAUUCAUCAAAAUGCUAUCUCUUUCAUCAGCCUCUAUAAAGGCUCAAAGGCUAAUGCCAAAAAAUUCAGCACUUCUGGGUUGGAUGGCCAACUGGUUAUCUGGGAUUUGGAUUCUCUGGAGAGAUCAAUUGAAGGGCUGAAGAUUGUUUAAAACUUGACAAUAUCAUUUAUAAUUUUUAUUUUAAUAAGGAUAAUAUAAUCAGUUUGCGUGCGAGUUCUGAAGUCACUCCAUGGAAUAGAAAUGUAACACACAAAAGCUGUGGAAAUGAUAGUCGCAAUCACAGUCUGAUCAGUCUAGCUUGAAAUCAAAUUAAUAAGCAAUCACGGCGGCGAGUGAAUUCAGCUCCCCAUACAGUAAAAACU